GUGCGUAUACCGUUUCUUGGUUAAUGGUGACUCGUUCUUUCUCAGCCCAGAUGAAUUUGCGGAUCCUCUUUUCGAGUCUCUCUUCGAUCUCUUUUGGCAUACCUUGGACCGUGGCCAAGUAUUGUGUCAUUCCUCCGACCACCAUCAGCACUAUCAGUCUUCGUCCUGCCAUCGACGGGUUCCCCUGGUCCCAUCUAUCCAGUGCUUCAUCGAUUUUCUCCAGGGCAUCGGACUGGUUCCCCUUCUUUUGCGAUUCGGAUGUGGUCUGGGAUCAUGGUGCCGUCCAUCCCAUUCACGAAGUGGUUGGUUCUGACUCUGUCUCGGUGCUCUAUUUUGCCGAUUGGGAUCAUCUCCGUUUUGCUAAUAUUGAAUCUAGCUCCUGAUGCAAUGCACCAUUCGUCGAUUACGUCAAGGAGUGUUCCAAAAUCGUCCUCCCAGUCGAGGUAUACCAUGGUGUCGUCCGCGAACAGUGUGGCUAUCAGUCUUUCGGUUUUCCCUUGGAUUUUUAUUCCUUUCAGGUUGGAUUGGCGUAGCGCUUCAGCUAAUGGUUCGAUGGCAAGGUUGAAGAGGAGGCAGGAGAGUGGGUCUCCUUGACGUACUCCUCUUGUUACUUGGAACGGCUUCUUGCUCUUUUCGCCGUUGAGCAUGACAUAUG